UCAAUGACUUUCGGUUCGUACUGAAACUGCCAAAAUCUCCUCGUCGGUUCGUAUUGAGAAAGCUCCUCGUCUGGCGGUCGUCUGUGGAAUUCGUACAACUACAGGUCUGGUAACUAAAACAAAAAAAAAGAAACGUGCAAUCCUAACAAUUUAUGCCUUCGUCAAAUAUCUAAGAUCUACUUCGUCCAUAACCAGAUGUACUAAAAUCCUUUUCAUCCACUUACUGCAGGAGGAGGAAAAAACGCAAUCGCGAACUAUCUACCCAUCAUGUAAUUUGCACACACGCGGAUUAUCUUGCAACUACAUAUGCAUGCUUUUAUUCGUUUUGACGUCAACUACAUGUAGAUGUAAGUAAGUACAACUAUGAGAGCUGCUUCACAACUUUCACGUCUGGCGUUGGGCGCACGACAGUUCGAUCACCCGUAGCUCUCACCGGCAACAUCAAAAGCCACGGGUCGUCGUAGCGAGGCGGGCAGUCCCAGGAGCGACGGGUCGUCGUUGUAGCGAGGCCACGGGGCGUCCUCCCGGCGCUUCGAAUCGUCCAACAUAUUGCAGUAGCUGGAAGUAUGUUUGGAAGUAGCCUCAAGAUUUCAACCGAAGAAUUCGACAUUGUUCCAUUUAUUUAGCGUGUCUCCUGCUACUCUUCUUUUUUUGCACAUUCACACUACAAGAAACAAGAAUAACAUUUUGAAAACGAAAUAAACCAUGGCCGCGCGCCGGACCUCCAACCAGUUGUACGGUGCCGCCGACGCGGCGGCCCGGGAUGGCAACGACAAUAUUUUCGUCGGCGGAGGUGCUGAUGAUAACAUCUAUGGCACCCACAUGAUCACGGAAAACAUGGACGAGGCCGUGCGAAAAAGCUUUGCCCGCAAGGUGUUGGGCAUUGUCACCGUCAUGUUCACCCUGGUUGCGGGCAUUGUGUUCACCGUGAAAUACGUCGGGUACUCCAAGGUGAAAGGCGUUCCUUUCGCCGCCGCCGUGGCGGGAGACUCGGAUGGAGCCAAAAACCAAGAACUUCUGCACCAUAUCAGUGGCAUGUUCAUGACGGAGCUAAAUACAAGUGGUAUUAAAGUCGUAAGUACUUGUAGAGUUGUUGUAAAUUAUCUAGUACGUACCAACUCUUGUUCUUACACAAAAGCAGAUGGUGAUCCACUUACAAUUAUUCAAGGCUCGAUGAAAAAAUCCAUGCUUCUUUUCUAGUCGAAUCUGAAGCCUGAUUCUUGUGCAACUACGUUCUAGAAGUGUAUCGCUCUACUCAAAAAUAGACAUGUUGCGCAACCAAAAAAAAAAAACAGAGAAAAACGCGGACGGUGAAUUCACGCAAUUUCCGUCCUCUGACUACGUUGAGGAGGUUGCCGCUUCCCUUGCCACGCUCGUGAUGGUGUCCGCGAUCCUCGCCGGCGUUGGGUUUCUCAUCGGGCUUCCCACCUACUGCGCGGUGAUGUGUUAUGAAAGCCUCAGAAUGGAAAUCCUCAAAGUGGAAAUAAUUUGUGAUGCAUGAAAUGCAAGGCAGAAAAGAGCGUAUUGCAGAGGACACAAUGGAGACCGACUAUUGUCCUGCUAGGGGUUCAUAAUUGGGCUGCUGAUUAGCACGAGAGAAGGGCACCCCUUUGCCUGUCUAGCAUGACAGACAUGCUUUGAGUGCCCGGAAAAUUUGUCAUGCGCCGACUAGAAAUGGCACUUCAACUGGAUUCGUUUUUUUGCAUUACAAAUUAUUUCCACUUUGAGGAUUUCCAACCUGAGGCUCUCAUAUGUGUGGUUGCUGCGGCGAGGCGCCCCGGAAAUUCCCCUGCAGUUACAUUCUCUGCUAUCCUGUGCAAAAGUAUCGUACUCGUACAAAUGCUAAUGCAAGCCUUGCAUUACAAAUCUUGUUUCCAAGGCAAAUCUGCAUUACAAAUCUUCUUUCUCAUGCUGAGGAAAUUUGUAAUGCAUUUAUACGAGUACGAUACUUUUGCAGUUCAUAUCUGUGCCGUCAUCGCGAUCUCUAUCAAAUGCAAACGUGUCUGGGUUCGGAAGAGUGCUGAUUUUUGUCAUGCUGUUUUUGCAUGACACAGAAGGUGAAGGUCUGUCAUGGAAGCCCUUGCGUCACAGAUCUCGAGAUUCUUUCGCAUUGCCUAAUUCGCAUGACAAAUUGGUGACAGGGAAUGGGCCUCUUUUGCUGGUGCCUCUGCAUGAGAGAUUUGUGUGUGUUGUGAAAUGCGCAUCACAAGUUCGCAUCCUUCCCGACCCAGACAUAUUUGCAACGCAUAAUCUCCUUCGGGCUGCAGCUCCAGCUGACCUGCUUUUUCGAGGCGACGUCGGUAAUUUUCAUCGCGUUGGCCAUCACGGUGGGCAUGGUGCUGAUACUCUACCUCAUGUCCUUCUGCUGUCUGGACUUCACGGGCUGCGGCAUGUGGUUCUUCGGGCUCUCUAUCGCGCUGCUCCUGGUCUCCAUGUUCUCGAUGCUCAUCUGCGUCUGCUUAUCCGGUGGCGGCGGAAAGCAGUAUGAUAUUCAUUUAUUUCAUCCGAUGUCUUUAUUUUAUGAUCGACAUAUCCUUUCGAAUUCGUGUUCGAUAGCGUAUAUCGAAUCGACUGAAUAAUACAGCUAUAAUCUUUAUCUUCUAGGUUGUGGCUACAUCGAUCUUCUGGCUCAUGACCCAGGCGCCCACUUGUACUACUAUACUCGCUCGCUUUGCAUAUGAUCAAACUGACACUGAACAACAAAAACGAAUGCAUCAAACAUAAACAUUAACAGUGUGACCGUUUUGGCUCUGGUUUUGAACGGGCUGUGCGCCUUGCUGACCUGUGCGUACAUUAUCUACGCGUUUCAGCUCAUCAUUGGCGGGAAAAACCGGGCCCACGAGUUCUCGACCGACGACUACGCGAUCGCGUCCAUGUUUCUCUUCGUUGAGAUUUACAACCUGUUUCUGACGAUCUUGCGGUUCGUCGGCGCUAUGAACCGAUGAAGAGGUGGAUCCUGCUGUGCUCGACGUCCCAAGAACAGGACGAUAAUUAGUAGCACGAGGAGGAAAACAAGAACGAGGACAAGGUGACAAGGACACCGUAUCGGGUUCGUUUUGAGAGCAGCAGCGGUUUCUACUCCAUCGACAUGGAAGUGGAUCAUCCUGGUAAUUGGAAGCAUAAUUGGAAUUCUCAUUUUUCCAUCCUUAUUUCCGGUACCAGUAGAACAAGAAUCACGCCGAAGAAUUUCGUUUUUCAUCAUAUACAUCGAGAAGCUGCGAGUAAGUUUUCAGCUAAGUAGGUACUUACGGUACAUACAUGUUCAUGUUGUGAUUUUCAUUUUUGUGUGCAAUCAAUUACUACUAAGAAGUAGUUUAGAUUUAGAAGAGCAGAGUAGGCGGGCACGACCAGCCGGCUCACAGUUCUUGUGCUGCUGACCGGUCUACUAGUGCAGUUCAUUGCGUUUAUUCCAGAGGACAUUAUUUCUUGUAGUUCAUACAUAGAGAUGAGUUUGCUCAUCUUGUUUUCAUUGCGUUUUUCUUUAUUUCGUUGGCGAAUUCAAUUUCAGUACCUGUACAACAAGAUACUUACAAACGAUACCUACAGGAGAAACUCGCACUAAACGCUGUAGCACUUUUGGAACACAUGAAUGAUUUUCAUCUGCUUUGUGGUUCGUCCUCCAGCACGGGAAAGACGAAAGAAAAACACAGAGGGUGGUUUUGCCCACGAAGUGCAGCAGGUGAGCCACUUCUUUUGUGCCGACGUCUCAGAGGUAGUUGCGCACUGUUGAGGGUUCUUACCAUGUACAGAGUUCAUGUCCUACUUGCUAAGUACCUCAUCCCCUGCCCUACUACGCAGGAGUUCGUUCCG